AUGAAUAAGAAGGGCCCGUUCGAGUGGACUUCGGAGGCUGACGUGGCGUUUCAAGGCCUCAAGAAGUACCUCACCAGCCCACCAGUGAUGGUGGCGCCACGUCCUCUUGAGCCCCUGGUGCUCUACUUGGCCGACACACCCCACUCAGCCAGCGCAACGCUGGUGGCCAUUCGGGAGGAGCGCCAGGUCAAGGGCCGGACGCACGACGCCGCGCGAUCGGACGAGACGACACCGCAUCACGACGGCGCCCCAGAAGCCGCGGCGGCGCUGGCAGAUGAUCAAGAUCCACAAGACGGCGCUCCAGAGGUUGCAGCUACCCCGACGGGCGACCUGGCUCCUGGGGUCCCUCAGCCUCAGGAGGCGCCCCAGCCUCAGGAGAUCUCGGACUCCACCAACGCUUCCGCCCUCGUCGAGCACCCGGUGUACUUCGUCGGCACAGUACUACGCGGCGCGCGAGCAUGCUACCCCAUGCCACAGAAGCUCCUACUCGUGCUCCUCGUCGCUUCGUGA